AUGUCUGAAGUCGAUUUUUCGUCUCUGCCUAUAUCGAAAAUGCGCAGUACUUUAAAGUCCCUUGGAUUAUCGGGAGCAGGAACGAAGGCGAGCCUGGUUGAGCGUUACCAAGCGUAUCAAAAUGGCGAGAUUGUAGCAGAUCAGACGGAAAAGGAAGGAGAAAUUGAAUAUGCCGAUGGUGAUCAAGAGCAAAGUGAAAUCCCUCAAGCUGAAGUGGAUGCAACUAUGGAAAAUCAAGAUGAUAAAAUCGCUGGUGGAAGUCUUUCUGAUGAAAACAAGGUUGGGGAGCUUCUAUUGAAUGAAGAAGUUCAUCCAGAAGACGCUGUGGUAGAUUCCGUUCCACAGGAAAAUGAUACGACUCAAACCGAGGUAGUGGAUGGACUUUCGUCUCCAGUUCGGUCAGCAGCAGAGAGUGGAUAUAAUGAAAUGCAAUCUAUCGAAAACACAGAGGCUACGUGCACUUCUGCGGUUGGUGGUGAAGGUCCUGAAGCGAUCGAAGGUGGUAAAGCUCCAAUCAAUGGUUCUGGAGUUUCCCCAGAUAGGGCUGAGUCAUUGGACAUCGAGGCCGAGCUGGACAAGCGAGAGGCUCGCAGCAAGAAAUUCGGGACUUCUUUCGAUCGUGAAUCGUGUCGCCAGCAGCUGCUUCGAGUUUAUUCCACUGCACAAGUUGGAUCUACCCACAAUAGUGAUAAUAAUGACAAUAACAAUAACGUUGGAUUACUCCACAAAAUUGACACGUAGCGUGCGAAACUACUUUCAGAACGUCGAGCCAAGUUCGGAAUAGUGGAAAGCAAUCAAUCACUGGGUCGAAGACAAGGCCGUUCUGGACAGGGAAUGAAUUCUGUCUCAGAAGAACUGCGUGCUGAGCGACAGAAAAAGUUCGGAAUGGUGGAGAAGUCCUUCCCUGUGCGUCAACGCGGAGAGAAGCGAUAUCAAUCCAGAUAUAGAAACCAAAAGAAUCGCCGAUACAUGUAAAGU